AUGACGGUGAUUCGAGCAAAAAUAUCCAGUGAAAAGGUGGUUCCUGCCAGUGAUGAUCCUCUUGAUACCCACAAAAUGAUCCGGUAUGAAAUCAAACAAAUAAAGAUGUUUAAAGGAUUUGAAAAGCUCAAGGAUGUCCAGUAUGUCUAUACACCUUUUGAUUCAUCACUAUGUGGAGUGAAACUAGAAGCCAACAACAAAAAACAGUAUCUUUUGACAGGCCAAAUUUUAAGUGAUGGUAAAGUCCUCAUCCAUUUGUGCAACUACAUUGAACCCUGGGAUGAUUUAUCCUUGUCUCAAAAGAAGAGUCUGAAUCAGAGAUAUCAGAUGGGCUGUGGCUGCAAGAUCACUACCUGCUACAUGGUGCCCUGCUCAAUCACUGCGCCCAACGAGUGCCUCUGGACAGACUGGCUGAUAGAGAGGAAGCUCUAUGGGCACCAAGCCAAGCACUAUGCCUGUAUCAAGAGAAGUGAUGGCACCUGCAGCUGGUACCGAGGUGGGCCUCCCCCAGAGAAAGAGUUUAUUGAUAUCAGCGAACCUUAAAACCAUCACUUCCUAAAAACCUUGGAGUCUAAUUCCAUCAAACACUGCACGCUCACAGCUUUGAACUGCCAUCGUCUAAUGUAUCUGUUGCUUAGAAACAAACACAAAUUGUCCUGUACAGCUAAAGUACGAGUCUGUGGGAUUGGCACUCGCACAGGACGAGGAACAAACCUCCUGGAGGUAGCUACUCUGUACUGUUAUGCUUUGCACAGAGGCUGAAGCUGAGAAUGCUCCUCUGUGUCCUCCAAGGCAUAACAAGUUCCCUUUUGCCAAUAUGAAUGUACAAGAACAAAAGAAUUGCCAGAAUUUUGUCCCCUCUUUGAUAACCUGCAGAUUAAGAGUGCCCUGUUUUAUUCCAAACCUUUCCAAUGAACUACGGAAUGUUUUAUAGAAC